UGUUUUUCAGCUCUGAAAAGAUCUUUUGAGGUCGAGGAGGUAGAUCAGUCAUCAAAUUCCUCCACGCCACAAAGACGGGCCCCGAACACCCUCCUCAGGACCACUGUGUCCAGCUCCACACAGAAGUUUCAGGAACUUGGUGCCAGGAAUUCGGAACCAUCCGCCCGACAUGCGGACCCCACAGUCCAAAGAUCACCCAAACCCCCUCUGAGGAGAGUGGAGCUCUCUGGACCCAAACUGCCUGAGCCAGUGUCCAGAAGAACAGAAAUCUCCAUUGACAUCUCAUCCAAGCAGGUGGAGAACUCCACCUCAGGGUUGUCAAGGUUUGGCCUCAAACGAGCAGAUGUAUUGGGCCACAAACCCCCCGAGCCCACCUCAAGGAGGACUGAGAUCACCCUUGGCAAGCCCCAGGAGCCGAGUCUCCGGAGGGUGGAGGCGCCACCAUCAAAGAUCCCCGAGAUGCCCCAGCGAAGAGCUGAGACAGCCAACGCUCCUGUGCCUGACACGGCCACCAAGCGCGUGGAAAUUCAGGUAGCGAAGGCUGCCGAGGUCCCAGCCCCUCCGGCACGGCAGGCAGAGAGCUCAGAGCCUCCCCUGCCCACCCAGCCUCCCCAGGCAGAGCCAAAGCCACAGCCGGUGCCGAUGGAGAGCCCACCAAAAAGACAGGAAG